UAAUUAUUUUUUUAAUUAAUUAAUUGAUUAAUAAAUAAAACUACUGGAAACCACAACAAACUAAAACAAUUUUACAAACAAUAUUAUAUUUAUAUUUCUUUUUUACGAAAAAUAAAUUUAUUAUAAUCUCCGACCUGCUUUUCCUUCUUCUCUCUCAUCCUCAUCCUUUUCCUCUGCUCAUUCCUAUAUUCCGGUUUUGUUUUUUGUUUUUUAUUUUAUUUUUUUUUUUUCUUCGUCAAAGUUUCUUUUCUUUUCGGUGAUUCUAAUGCUUGCUAACCCUUAAUCUACGCUGAUUUUAAUAAAUUUUUAUUUUAUUUCUUUUUGCCAGAGUGGUCUUUUGUUUUUGUUCUUUCUUUCUUUCUUUUUUUUUGAGUUUUAGAGGGUCCAAAUUCCCACCAUUCCUGGUCAAUGUAGGUCAAUCUUCUUGGGUUUUAAUUGUUCCUUUUGAAAUUGAAGAUUUUUGGGUUUGUUUGAUAUUAGAACACGGUUGGACAAGUUCUUUCUUGUUUUUGAAUGAAUUUGCUGCCUUUAUUCUGAGGAUACCGUGAAAUUCGUUGGAAAAUUUCGAUAUUCAAUUUGAUCUUCUGGGUUUUUGCAUUUAUUCUUUUUGGUUCUAACGUGCUUGGUUUUGGUUCUUUGGGCGGAUUAUUGAGCAAAAGCUAAGUGUGUAUAUAUAUAUAUAUAUAUAUUUUUUUUUUCCUCCCUUUAUAUUUUUAAUCUGUUAAGAUUUGGUGGGUAUGAGAUUAGUCAAAAAAUAAAGUCUGAAUUGGACAUAAAUCUAUAGCCCUAUUCAGCCUCUUUGUUGAGGUGUAUCAAGAAUUUGAUCAUGGAGCAUGUGAUUGCCGGUAAAUUUAAGCUUGGGAGGAAGAUUGGGAGCGGCUCUUUUGGAGAGCUCUAUUUAGGCAUUAAUGUACAAACUGGGGAGGAGGUAGCUGUUAAGCUGGAAUCUGUAAAGACCAAGCAUCCCCAGCUUCACUAUGAGUCAAAAUUGUACAUGCUUCUUCAAGGAGGAACGGGAGUUCCCCACCUUAAGUGGUUUGGAGUUGAGAGUGACUAUAAUGUUAUGGUCAUCGACCUUCUCGGACCAAGUUUGGAAGAUCUAUUUAACUACUGCAAUCGGAAGUUCACAUUGAAGUCAGUGUUGAUGCUCGCAGAUCAAUUAAUUAACAGAGUUGAGUACAUGCAUUCAAGAGGUUUUCUUCACCGUGAUAUUAAACCUGACAACUUUUUAAUGGGCCUAGGGCGUAAAGCCAAUCAGGUAUAUAUUAUUGAUUAUGGCCUUGCCAAGAAGUAUAGGGAUCUCCAGACUCACAAGCACAUACCAUACAGGGAAAACAAGAAUCUCACUGGCACAGCUCGCUAUGCAAGUGUUAACACUCACCUUGGAAUUGAACAAAGCAGAAGGGAUGAUCUGGAAUCUCUUGGUUACGUACUUAUGUAUUUCUUAAGGGGAAGCCUUCCCUGGCAGGGACUGAAAGCUGGCACAAAAAAGCAAAAAUAUGACAAGAUUAGUGAAAAGAAGAUGUCGACCCCGAUAGAGGUUCUCUGCAAGUCAUAUCCAUCAGAGUUUGUAUCCUAUUUUCACUACUGCCGAUCAUUGCGUUUUGAAGAUAAACCAGAUUACUCAUAUUUAAAGAGGCUGUUUCGAGACUUAUUUAUUCGAGAAGGUUAUCAGUUUGACUAUGUAUUUGACUGGACCAUACUGAAGUAUCCUCAGAUUGGUAGCAACUCAAAGGGACGGCAUGCCAGCGGGAGAGCAGGACCAUCUGUGGAAAGACCAGAAAGGAUCUCAGUUGGGAAAGAGAUUCGAGAUAGAUUCUCGGGUGCAGUUGAAGCAUUUUCCAGGAGACAAGGGUCAGGUUCGAGUCCACGCUAUGAUCAUGCCAGACAGAGGUCUUCUGAGGAUGUACCUUCAUCCAAGGAUGUGCAACCUGAUUCUGAAAGAGGACGUAAUUCUUCUCGAUAUGGAAGCACUUCAAGAAAAGCUAUCAUCUCGAACAAGGCAACUUCGUCGGGCGAGCAAUUUGAGAGUCGUUUAACCCGAGUAAGCUCCAGCAGUGGCGGUCGGCCUUCUCCUGUGCAGAGAGUUCAACCUGCAUUUGAAGCCAAACCUGCCUUUGCUCGUACUUCGGCUGCAAGAGGAACCCGUGAUGAUCACCCACUCCGGGGCUUUGAGCUCCUUUCAAUCAGAAAGUAAUGGUCUGGAGGAUGCUUUUCUCACUAAAACCACACCGUUUAGAACCUCAUUGUUGCUGGAUACCCACUCAGGCCUUGGCCCAUAUAAAAAGAAUGGCCAAUAGAAAAAUGAAUGUCACGAUAAAUAUGUGGCACUUUUUAUGUUAAUUUGUCUUUUAAUUUUUUUAUUUAUCAAUUUUUUCUUCUUCUUUUUUUA